CACGUUUAACUCAAUCGAUCCUAUAACUAAGAUUAUGUAGAAGACAAGUUAACAUAAACAAGAGCUUGGAGGGUUUCCAUGUUGUAUGGGUCAGUUUGGUGUCCGGGAGAAGUUGGAACUGUUGAUUUUCUAGGCAAAUGAGGCAUGCCAAAAGCAAUGUUUUCAGUUCCUAUAUUUUUUUUCCAAAAAUAUAGGAUAGGAAAGGAAAAAAAAAAACAGAAAAUGGCUAGAAAAUGAAUGGCAAUGUUGGGUUCAUUGAACCUGGACGAGAUUUGGGUUCUUUCCUGUUGAUCUUCUUCUAGCAGUGGUUUAUUAGUUUAUAUAUCAGAAUCAUUAAAAAUGCAGAGAAAGAGGAGGACCAUCAAGUGUGGGAAGCGAAAAGAUUCUCUGGUGAAGUAAAAAGCUUUGAAAAUCUUUAACAAGGUGGCUGGUUUGGGUGGGGUGGGUUCUUCCACUAUCAAUGGCUUCAAUGUGAAGUAUAUGAAAAAAAGUGAGGACUUAUUUAAGCAAGAUCUUCCUUCUUCCAAGUACAACAAGUCUUUGCAGUCUCUAAACCUCCAUCCACUUUCUUUGAUAAGUGACAUGGCUUCUCAGGCUCAUUCAAAUGUUGAGGAGGGUGAAACAAAAGAGAUGGACAUUAGAAGCCUGUCAUCCUCACACUACUCUGUGUAUAACACACAGUAUCUUCACAAGGUAGGAGUUCCCCCUAAGCAAAACCUCUUCAGGGAAUUCACAGCCACUGUGAAAGAAACAUUCUUCCAUGAUGAUCCUCUGCGUCCCUUCAAGGAUCAACCAAGGUCUCGAAAGUUUAUCCUAGGCAUCCAGGCCAUUUUCCCCAUUCUUGAAUGGGCAAGGGGUUACAGCUGGAGAAAACUUAGAGGUGAUCUCAUUGCUGGACUGACUAUUGCAAGUCUCUGCAUUCCUCAGGAUAUUGGUUAUGCAAAGCUAGCAAACUUGGAUCCACAGUAUGGGCUUUACUCCAGCCUUGUUCCACCAUUGAUUUAUGCCUUCAUGGGAAGUUCAAGAGAUAUUGCCAUUGGACCAGUCGCUGUGGUAUCUCUUUUACUGGGGACUAUGCUUUCAAGUGAGAUUGACCCCAUCAAAAAUAAAGCUGAGUAUCGGAGGCUUGCAUUUACGGCUACCUUUUUUGCUGGGAUUACUCAAGCAACUCUUGGUUUUCUCAGGUUGGGCUUUUUGAUUGACUUCCUGUCCCAUGCUGCCAUUGUGGGGUUUAUGGCUGGAGCUGCUGUCACAAUUGCCCUCCAACAGCUUAAGGGUCUUCUUGGUAUAAAAGACUUCACAAAGAAAUCAGAUAUUAUUUCUGUAAUGAACUCCGUAUGGGGCAACGUCCACCACGGAUGGAACUGGCAGACUAUACUGAUUGGAGUUAGCUUUUUAUCUUUCCUUCUGUUUGCCAAGUACAUUGGAAAGUCGAACAGGAAAUUAUUCUGGGUGCCUGCAAUAGCUCCAUUGAUAUCUGUUAUUCUCUCCACCUUUUUUGUUUAUAUAACGCAUGCAGAAAAGAAAGGAGUUCAGAUUGUGAAGCAAAUUGAGAAAGGAAUCAAUCCCUCAUCUGUGCAUCAAAUUUAUUUCAGUGGUGACUAUCUUCUAAAAGGUUUGAAGAUUGGUGUCGUGGCUGGUAUGAUAGCAUUGACGGAAGCUGUAGCCAUUGGAAGAACUUUUGCUUCAAAGAAAGACUAUCAAAUAAAUGGAAACAAAGAAAUGGUGGCACUGGGAGCAAUGAAUGUCGUUGGUUCAAUGACUUCCUGCUAUGUGGCCACAGGUUCAUUUUCUCGAUCAGCAGUAAAUUACAUGGCUGGGUGCGAAACUGCAGUCUCUAAUAUCAUUAUGUCCUGUGUUGUAUUUCUAACCUUAGAAUUCAUAACACCUCUUUUCAAGUACACCCCAAAUGCUAUUCUCGCUUCCAUCAUCAUAUCUGCUGUGAUUGGGCUUAUCGAUGUUCCGGCAGCAAUUUUAAUAUGGAAGAUUGAUAAAUUUGAUUUUGUUGCAUGCCUGGGAGCAUUUCUUGGAGUAGUCUUUUCAUCAGUUGAGAUAGGCCUCUUAAUUGCUGUCACAAUAUCCUUUGCUAAAAUCCUCUUACAAGUUACUAGGCCUCGAACUGCUAUUCUUGGGAAGCUCCCUAGGACUUCUGUGUACCGAAAUAUCCAACAAUAUCCAGAAGCAGCUAAAGUUCUAGGGCUUCUGAUCGUGAGAGUUGAUUCUGCUAUUUACUUUUCCAACUCUAAUUAUGUCAAGGAGAGGAUACUGAGAUGGUUGAUGGAUGAAGAAGAGCUAGUGAAAGCUGCAUGCCAGCCAACAAUCCAGUUUUUGAUAGUUGAGAUGUCACCUGUGACUGACAUUGAUACCAGUGGCAUCCAUGCCUUGGAAGAAUUACACAGGAGUCUAGGGAAAAAAGGUGUUCAGCUUAUUCUGGCAAAUCCUGGACCAACGGUGAUUGACAAGCUUCAUGCUUCAGAUUUUGCAAAUUUAAUUGGUGAAGACAGGAUCUUCCUGACUGUUUCAGAUGCAGUUUCAUCAUGUUCCCCAAAACUGGUGGAAGAAGUAUGAACAACGAGAAAUGUUGCUGUAUAACAGAAAUGAGAGCAGAUAUACAUGUGCAGUAGUGAGAGAGGGAUCUCAGAUGCAGCUCAAUAAUGAAGGGGCCAAUUAUAAAGAUGGUUCAAGUGGGGUGGCUGAGAUCAUGUAUAGUCCAGAGGGACAAAACACAAGUGUACAAUGUGCUUGGGGAUAAGGUUUAGGUUUUAAAUUUGCAAAUAUGUCUAUAUAUAUAUAUUAUCCAAUGUUUUUUCUUUUCCUGUUAACCUAUGGAAUCACACAUCAAAAUCAAAGGGUUUUGUAUGCUUUUCAGGAAUUUUGAUUCCUCUUAAUAUACACUUUUAUCACUUCCAUG